ACACACACACACUGGUUUCCUUUUCUGGGUAGCCCAAGAUCUCUCCAAGCCUCUACCAUCCUGGGGAUAGCCACAUUCUCCUAAACACAACAUCCCCAAGUCUCCGUGGGCCUGGGGAGCUGCAGGAUGGCGGCAGGUGUGGCCACAUGGCUACCAUUUGCAAGGGCCGCAGCAGUGGGCUGGCUGCCCUUAGCCCAGCAGCCCCUACCCCCUGCACCGGAGGUGAAGGCAUCCCGAGGGGAUGAGGUUCUGGUGGUGAAUGUGAGUGGUCGGCGCUUCGAGACCUGGAAAAACACACUGGAUCGCUACCCAGACACACUGCUGGGCAGUUCGGAGAAGGAAUUCUUCUAUGAUGCUGAAUCUGGCGAGUACUUCUUUGAUCGUGACCCAGACAUGUUCCGGCACGUGCUAAACUUUUAUCGCACUGGCCGGCUGCACUGUCCCAGGCAGGAGUGCAUCCAGGCCUUUGAUGAGGAGCUGGCCUUCUAUGGCUUAGUCCCAGAGCUGGUUGGUGACUGCUGUCUUGAAGAGUACAGGGACCGCAAGAAGGAAAACGCAGAGCGCCUGGCAGAAGAUGAGGAGGCUGAGCAGGCUGGGGAAGGUCCAGCCCUUCCAGCAGGCAGCUCCCUGCGACAGCGACUCUGGAGGGCCUUUGAGAACCCCCACACGAGCACUGCAGCACUGGUUUUCUACUAUGUGACUGGCUUCUUCAUAGCUGUGUCAGUCAUUGCCAACGUAGUGGAGACCAUCCCAUGUCGUGGUACCCCACGGUGGCCCUCCAAAGAGCAGUCGUGUGGUGACCGCUUCCCUACAGCCUUUUUCUGUAUGGACACAGCCUGUGUUCUCAUAUUCACUGGGGAGUACCUGCUGCGGCUCUUCGCAGCCCCCAGCCGUUGUCGCUUCCUGCGGAGUGUGAUGAGCCUUAUCGAUGUGGUGGCCAUUCUGCCCUACUACAUUGGGCUGUUCGUGCCCAAGAAUGAUGAUGUCUCUGGUGCCUUUGUUACCCUCCGUGUGUUCCGGGUCUUCCGAAUCUUUAAGUUCUCCAGGCACUCGCAGGGCUUAAGGAUUCUGGGCUACACCCUCAAGAGCUGUGCCUCUGAGCUAGGCUUUCUCCUCUUUUCCCUCACCAUGGCCAUCAUCAUCUUUGCCACUGUCAUGUUCUAUGCUGAGAAGGGCACGAGCAAGACCAACUUCACAAGCAUCCCUGCUGCCUUCUGGUAUACCAUUGUCACCAUGACCACACUUGGGUACGGAGACAUGGUACCUAGCACCAUUGCAGGCAAAAUUUUUGGGUCUAUCUGCUCACUUAGCGGCGUCUUGGUCAUUGCCUUGCCUGUGCCAGUCAUUGUAUCCAACUUCAGCCGCAUCUACCACCAGAACCAGCGUGCCGACAAGCGCCGGGCACAGCAGAAAGUGCGCCUGGCAAGAAUCCGGUUGGCAAAGAGUGGUACCACCAACGCCUUCUUGCAGUAUAAGCAAAACGGGGGCCUCGAGGACAGUGGCAGUGGCGAGGGACAGAUGCUGUGCGUUAGGAGCCGCUCUGCUUUUGAACAACAGCAUCACCAUCUGCUGCAUUGUCUGGAGAAGACUACGUGUCAUGAGUUCACAGACGAGCUAACUUUCAGUGAGGCCCUUGGAGCGGUCUCACUGGGUGGUCGCACCAGCCGCAGUACCUCAGUAUCAUCCCAGCCAAUGGGGCCUGGGAGCCUGUUCUCAUCCUGCUGCUCUCGAAGGGUCAAUCGCAGAGCCAUCCGCCUUGCUAACUCUACUGCCUCUGUUAGCCGUGGCAGCAUGCAGGAGCUAGACACACUAGCAGGUCUUCGGAGGAGCCCUGCCCCUCAAAGCCGCUCAAGCCUCAAUGCCAAGCCCCACGACAGCCUUGACCUGAACUGUGACAGCCGGGACUUCGUGGCCGCCAUCAUCAGUAUCCCCACCCCCCCUGCCAACACGCCAGAUGAAAGUCAACCUUCCUCCCCUAGUGGUGGUGGUGGUAGUGGUGGCACACCCAACACCACCCUCAGGAACUCCAGCUUGGGUACUCCGUGCCUCCUCCCUGAGACUGUUAAGAUCUCUUCCCUGUGAAGAAUGGGCCUGCCCAUUCAGAGGGCCUUCUUUAUUCUUGGGAACUCCUUUCCAAAGCCAUAUCUUGGGGGAGGCAAAGCGGGGUGGACCUGGGAACUCCCUGUGCCCCCUGACAAGAACUAUGCAAUGGAGUUUCAUGGAAUGGCCCAUCUGGUGGGAACGUAGGUAGGGAAUGAGGAACUUCCCUCAGUCCAGUUUUUCUAGUGGGAGCUUGAAGCAUGGGACUCCAUAGGUCCCUGGCCUCCUUGCCCCAGCAUGCUGGGACUGGCCUUUCUCUCCUAGCUGGCCUCUUGCAUGCCUCUUCCCUUGGGCCCUCAGAGGCAGGUUAAGGCUUUCUAUAGUCUGACAUUUGAGGUCUGUCUGGUCUGACAAGAGUUAAGAGUUCCUCUUCUCUUUGGUUGUGUUGUGCAAGUUUGGGGUUCAGGGAAGAAAACCCUCAUCUCCAAU